GUGCAACCUACAACAUGGCUGUGACUGGGACUCAGAAAUGGCGGGGUGCAAGUUGUACUAGUUAUCCAGUUGUCAUAUCGUGAACCAUUGACUGUCUAGGAUGUCCACGGCAAACAAUAGCAUCAGUCCAGAGAUAGUCAUACCUUCGAACUUCUUCGGUUGUGUCUCCAGCUCCAAUUCCAGUCUCAAUUCUUGCUGCAGCUCCGCUGGAAGCACGCCCGUUUUCUUAAAUAUCACCGACAACUAUGGUUGUCCUUACACCGCUCUCAAUGGCACCUUCCCGCCCACACAAGAUUCGAAUAAUUGGUUUGGGAACUGUUGUGCCGGCCAAAAUGCCACAAUUGGAUGUCUUACUAAAUCGAAUAGUGGAAGUGUGGGGGUAAACAGGCCAACUUUGUGGGCACCGUGGAAGAUAUUUUGGGCCUUGGCUAUUUUACAAUGCCUUGUAGUGAUGUCCUGAAACCACAGGCCAGGGUCUCAUGUAUAUAUCCUACGUAGCAGCGUAAUGGCUCCAUUCACUUCAAUCACUCUAGUGUUGAACACGUG